UUUACUUCUUGUACAAGACAUUUAUUUCUUGGAUGGUUUAGGUUUGUUUCUGUCAUUUAAAUUUAUUUUAUUUUUCAAUUUACUCUUUGAUUCGGUCAAUCACUUAUAAAUUAAUUGUUUUUGUCCAACUGAAAAUCUCAAAUUAACCAGUGGGAUUGAAGAUACCAACCAUCACCAUAGUUUUGUCUCUACCUUUAUCUUCUCUUGCUCGUUUGUUACUUGUGUUUCUGCACUUUUGUGUCUCUUUCACUCUCUUUUUUUCUCUGUGUUAAAUUAAAUCUUUUUAAGUUUUUGAAUUUCAAGGUCUGUGACAUCUUUCUCUUUCUUUUCUCUUUCCCUGUCUUUUUUCUCUUUCUCCUUUCUGCCUUUUUUUACUACUGCCUCUUUUCCCUUUUUUUGGUUUCAUUUUAGUCUGUUGUGUUUGUUGGUACAUCAAAAGUCUAUCUCGCUGGACAAAUGUCAUCCACAGAUGAAAUAGAAUUAGCAACUAAGAUGCUUCAAAUUCAGCACAAAAGGUUUUAUUUGGAUGUCAAACAAAACCGCAGAGGCCGGUUCUUCAAAGUUGCUGAGGUUGGAACUGCUGGUAGGAAAAGUCGACUAUCAUUGGCUAUGUCUACAGCAGGCGAGUUUAGAGAUCACCUUACUGCUUUCAGUGAACUAUAUGCAUCUUUGGGUCCACCAAAUCCUGAUAGUCUACCAGAGGAUGGAAAAUUAAAAUCAGAAGUCAUGGUAAAAGAUAAUCGACGUUAUUAUCUUGAUCUAAAGGAAAAUAAUAGAGGAAGGUUUUUGAGGGUUUCUCAAACAAUGCCUAGAGGAGUUCAGCGUGCUCAAAUAGCUAUUCCUGCCCAAGGAAUGAUCGAGUUUCGCGAUGCAUUGACUGAUUUGCUUGACGAAUUUGGAAACUCUGACGGUUGCCGGGAAGAAGAUAAAGUUUCAAGUUCGGGUUUUGAAGGAGAACUGCCUGAAGGAAAGUUAGUUCGAACUGACAGUAAAAAAUUUUAUUUCGAUAUUGGGCAAAAUAAUCUAGGAAUCUAUUUGCGAAUAUCUGAGGUAAAAAACAAUUUCCGUUCGUCAAUCACCAUUCCAGAAAAGUCUUGGGUUAAAUUUCGAGAUAUAUUCACGGAGUAUGUUGACAAAAUGCGAGAAUCGUCUGAAGAGAAGAUUCCAAGUGGCGGUACCGGUGCAAAUGGAGGUGGAUCACAAGGAUGCCCUCAAACCCCAGGCGGUGAUUGUGGGGUGAAUGUUUCAGCUAGUGAAGGUGGCAAUGCUCUCUCAACAACUACCUCUAAAUAAGAAUAAUGUUAUUGUUAGACAGUACAAACAAAGCUUGUUAAUUAUGAUUUUUGUCGUGGUUAAAGAAAACAAAAUAACGCAAAUAAAACAUAAGUUAUGAAAUAAAUUAUCUAUACCAAAAA